UGUGGAGUUCGGUGGAGCUCGCGCCGAGACGAGCUGCUCCAACCUGCUCGUGAAACCAACAGGUACUACCAUGGACAAACCGCCGUACAAGCUCAGUAGUGUGCUGCUUGGUCACAGCGCGGAUGUGAGAGCGGUGGCGACUUUCCUUGACGGCACCAUCGUUUCAGUCUCCCGAGACAAGACAGCGCGUGUAUGGAAACCAACCGGGAGGAGCAACGAGUACGAGCAGAUCGCGAUGUUAACAGGCCACUCUAACUUUGUUAAUUCAGUAUGCGUUAUAAAUCCAUCGGAGAGAGAUCCCAAAGGUUAUAUCAUCACCGGCAGCAAUGACAACACCAUAUGUGUCUACAUAGCGAAUGAAACUGUACCUGCGCAUACACUAACAGCGCAUCAAAAUAAUGUAUGUAAUUUAAAGACCGGAAAAAAAGAAGGUACAUUCCUUUCGAGUUCCUGGGAUCUCACUGCUAAAUUAUGGGAUGUGAAAGACUUGAGUAAACCACAGGUGAACCUCGUGGGUCACACUGCCGCAGUAUGGUGUGUAGCAGAUUUAUCGAGCGGCAGUAUAAUAAGUGGAUCAGCCGACAAAUUAAUAAUAGUAUGGUCAAGAGACGGUUCGGUGCAACACAAAUUGACAGGUCAUACCGACUGCGUCCGCGACAUAGUUGACAUUAAAGAGGAUGAAUUCUUAUCUUGUGCGAACGAUGCCACUAUAAGACACUGGAAUGCUAAACUUGGGACUUGUUUAGGCACUUAUUGUGGUCAUGAGAAUUAUAUCUAUAGUAUAGCAGCCAUCCCGAAUGGUACAUACGUCUAUUCAUCUGGAGAAGACAGAACUAUUAGGAUAUGGUACAAUGCGGAACUGAAACAAACCAUUGUUCUACCUACACAAUCGAUAUGGUGCAUUGAUUUGUUCUCAAACGGCGACAUAGUCGCUGGAAGUUCCGAUGGAGCCAUUAGGAUAUUCUCAUCUGACCCCGAACGAUAUGCAAAUAGAGAGACUUUGGAAAUAUUUGAGAAAGAAGUAGCGAACACAACUCUAAAUGCACAGCAGAUAAUCGGAGACAUCAACAUAAAGGAUUUGCCAGAUUCAAGAGUUCUUCUACAGCCUGGUCAAAGAGAUGGCCAAACAAAGAUUGUAAAUGAAGGAGAUGGAGUUAGAGCGUACAGUUGGUCGCAAAGCGAGCAACGAUGGAUAAAAAUUGGCGAUGUAAUGGGUGCGUCCGGCGGUACAGCGGCUACCUCUGGAAAACAACUUUAUAAUGGCAUAGAAUACGAUUACGUCUUUUCAGUUGACAUACAAGACGGUGUGCCUCCUUUAAAACUUCCAUACAAUAAAGGCCAAGAUCCCUGGCAUGUCGCGCAGAAGUUCCUUCAUGACAAUAAUCUCAGUCAAUUAUUCUUAGAUCAGGUUGCAAACUUUAUAGUAAAGAACUCUGAACCAUCUCCAAUUUUAAAUACUGGGUCGCAAUAUGUAGAUCCUUUUACAGGUGGAAGCCGAUAUGUUCCUGGAUCAGGCACAUCGUCUAAUGCAUCAUCUUGUGCACCCGAUAUUAGUGCACAAUCGGCAUUUAAUUCUUCCAAUACAUCUGCGUCUCCCUCUUAUAUACCUCACUCGAAGUAUUUAAAGUUAGAACAAGCAAAUUUAUCUGCUAUUCUCGAAAAAUUAUAUGAGUUGAAUAAUAAACAAGAAAAUAUAUUAAAAAUACCAGAGGAGAAGCUGAAUGCGAUAGAAAAAUUUAUGAAUAAUCAAGUAUCUGAAGAAAUCACAACCAGUGCUAUCAGCGCAUUAAAAAGUUCUCUAGAUUGGCCCAACCACGUAGUGUUCCCAGCUCUCGAUAUAGCAAGGCUCGCUGUACUUCACAAAGAAGUAAAUGAUCAACUGUGUACCGAAGAAUUGUUAUUGAUCAUACGAAGACAUAUCAAAUCCGAUGCAGCUUUGUCGAAUCAAAUGCUUACUUUUCGUCUGAUAGCCAAUAUGUUCCAGCAUGAAAAAGGAGAGAAAUUCUGUUUAGAUCAUAAGGAUGAAAUACUCACGUCUCUAUUGGAUCUACAGUCUCUUGGAAACAAAAAUAAUCAGGUUGCAAUAUCAACUUAUAUAUUGAAUUUGAUCGUAGCGCUUAAUAAAUAUAACGAUGCACCUGGUAGAACGAGAGCUCUAAAUAUAUUAUUUACCAUAUUGCCUCGUUUAAAUGAACCCGAAGCAAUGUUCAGAGCUCUGGUUGGACUAGGAACAUUAUUAGCCGCUACUCCAGAUCCCAGUAAUCGUAAUGAACUAAUUAGCGCUGUGCGACAAUCUGAAACUGCUUUAAAUGUUCUUAGAACUCUAUCAGAAAGCACAACUGACCUCAGUACGUCAAACAAAGUGGUAAACUGUUCUAAACAGAUUAUCGAUUUGAUUAUCUAAUGUAUAAUAAGCAGUGGGACACGCUGCUUGUAAAAUUAUGAAAAUAAUCUCGGUAAUAAUUAAUCAAACAAGA